UACAUAAGAACUUGAGAAGAUUUCAACCACGCGACAAUCUUCUAGAUGUGGGCAUGGCAUUGGCCACAGCCCAUGGGUUUUCACACUACCAACAAUACUUGCAAGUUUAGAUUACGCCAAGAUCUGCCAGCUCUACCUAGUAUCUUCAAAAAGGAAAACAACCCGGUACGAGAAUGCGAGUCCGAACGAUUUCCCCUAUUCGAUGUUUAUGAUAGAACGAACGAUCCAUCGGAUUCCCAGGAACGUAUCCUGCAUGCAUGCGUACUUCGUACACUUUGCGGGAUGAAGUCCAAGUACUAACUAGGUAGGUAGGUAGGUCCAUUAGAGUCGUGGGCGGUCACUGGUCACUGGUCAACACGGGAAUCAACAACAUUCACGGUUCCUUGGGUCCUUAUCAAUCGGAUAUGGACAAAUCCUGUUCAAAGUCCACUUUCAUUUCAAGCUUUCCCCAAGAAGCUUACGAGUCAAUGAUCGGAAGGCAUUUCACCGCGAUUCCCUUUCAGAAUCUCAGCAUGACUCCUCGAGCACUCGCGUACCUUGUAAAACUUUAUCGUUCAUAAAACUUCAUACUGAUCACUCAACCAACAGGAGCGGACACCUGCACUGCUCCGAGAUGCAUACACUGGCAAUCUCCCUGAGUUUCCACUAGUACUCUCACAUACUCCGUAGUCUCUUCUAUUCAC